AUGAGAUGAGUUGCUUUUCUUGCUUCUCAUCUAAAGCUGCUGCCAAGAGAUCAAAUAGUGGGAAGAGAGAAGAAUUGUUGUCUCUUUCCGAAAGGGAACCGAUUCAUAAUGUAGCACCUGCUGAAGUGCCUAAAGCCAAUCCCCACGCCCCGUAUUCUGAGCAAACUACAAACAAUAAGAAUGCUAAUGCAACUGCCAAUGCCAGUAAAGAUGGUGGUAAUAAUAUUGCUGCACAAACGUUCACCUUCCGCGAGCUGGCUACCGCCACAAAGAACUUUCGACAAGAAUGCCUGAUAGGCGAGGGCGGAUUUGGAAGAGUUUAUAAGGGAAGGCUUGAAGCAACAGAACAGGUUGUAGCUGUGAAGCAACUUGAUAGGAAUGGCUUGCAAGGCAAUAGAGAGUUCCUUGUUGAGGUGUUGAUGUUGAGUCUCUUACACCAUGACAAUUUAGUGAACCUUAUCGGAUAUUGUGCUGAUGGUGAUCAGAGACUUCUGGUGUAUGAGUUCAUGCCUUUGGGAUCUUUGGAAGACCAUCUAUUAGACGUCCCACCGGGGCAAAAGCCAUUAGAUUGGUUUAAGAGAAUGAAGAUAGCUCUAGGAGCUGCCAAGGGUCUAGAGUACUUGCAUGAUAAGGCGAAUCCUCCAGUUAUUUACCGCGAUUUAAAAUCUUCAAACAUUUUAUUAGAUGCUGAUUUCAAUGCAAAGCUCUCUGAUUUCGGGCUAGCUAAACUUGGACCAGUUGGAGACAAGACACAUGUAUCUUCAAGAGUAAUGGGAACAUAUGGUUAUUGUGCCCCAGAGUACCAAAGAACAGGCCAACUGACUGUCAAGUCGGAUGUGUAUAGUUUUGGAGUUGUGUUGUUAGAACUAAUCACAGGAAGAAGAGCAAUUGACACCACAAGGCCAACAAGGGAGCAAAACCUAGUGUCUUGGGCAGAGCCAGUAUUUAAAGAUCCUCAUAAGUAUCCGCAACUAGCUGAUCCACUUCUUCAAGGAGACUAUCCAGUAAGAGCAUUGAAUCAAGCAGUUGCAGUUGCAGCAAUGUGUCUUCAUGAAGAAGCGCCGGCUCGUCCCUUAAUGAGUGAUGUAGUCAGUGCUCUCAGUUUCCUUGGGACCAAUGAAGAAGAAAGUAUUCCCUCCUCACCCUCACAAGACAAUGAAGAUGAUGAAGACAUGUUCAACGCAGAAGAUGAGAACUUAAAGGAAGAAGAAAGUGUAAACGAACGCAAGCGCGCUGUGGCAGAAGCCAUAGAAUGGGGUUCAACUUCAAGGACCAAUGCAGCCUCCUCACAGUUGCAAAGCACUACUGCUUCUUCAUUGCAAAAUUGA